AUGGACAAAGACUCCUUAGGUGCUGCCCCCAGAGGGCCGCAGCAGCAGACGAAGAAGCCGCAACCACCGCUCAAACCUUCCUGCAACAUUGGCAUAAACCUAGUGAUGUGUGUUUUGUGUCUUGUGAGUGUUUCUUCGUCGGUGUGGCGAGAGUUCGACAUGAAGGGUCGCUUGACCCUUCUGGAAGACAGAGUUGCUUAUCUAGAGCUGAGGUCCGACUCGCCGGAAAAGGGUAUGGAGGGAUUGUUCGAGAGGUAUCGUAGGGAAGCUGUUUAUCACCUCAAGAGGAGGGUGCUGAGGGACGUGCCCAACGAUGGAAGAAGGCUGAGAGACGUGCCAGAAUGUGUAUGUCCUGCAGGGCCGCCAGGUCCACCUGGACCUCCUGGACUGCCUGGCAAAAGGGGAAGGAAGGGAAAAAAGGGAGAAUCUGGGGAAUCUGGCCCACCUGGCCAGACCGGGGUACGCGGAUUUCCGGGAUUUCCGGGACCUAUAGGACUUGAUGGUCCCAAAGGAGAACCAGGCAGGCCUGGUGAAAAAGGCCAAAAGGGCCAAACGGGCAGCGCAGGUAUCGAUGUGCUACAAGCAGUCAAGGGAUUGCAAGAAAGGGGUCACAAUAUUUCUGGCGAAGUAUUGAUAACCCUGAAAGGUGAACCUGGUGAACCAGGACCACCAGGACCACCAGGUCCUCCAGGAUCUGAAGGCAUGCCUGGACAUGAUGGUCGACAAGGUAUGCCUGGAGAACCAGGACCAGCUGGAGAUCGAGGAGAGUCGGGACCAAUGGGACCACCCGGACCCCCCGGCCUGGAUGGUAUGAUCGGACCAAAAGGAGACAAAGGAGAUAAAGGUGAAAGAGGUCUUACGACAACAUUAACUGGUGACCAGUUCCCCACAGGUAUCAUCGAAGGUCCACCAGGUCCCCCAGGACCACCAGGGGCUAAAGGCGAUUCCGGAGCAAUGGGGCCUCCAGGAAUUUCUGGUCUUAACGGAGAACCAGGACUUCAGGGACCUCCAGGUCUUCCGGGAUCUACAGGAGAGAAAGGAGAAAAAGGAGACUACGGUGAUAUUGGGCCGCCCGGGCUUAUGGGACCUCCAGGAUUGCCAGGACCUCCUGGUUAUCCUGGCCAGAAGGGAGAGAAAGGAGAAAAAGGAGACUCGAAGUACAAAAAACUGAGAAGGCGACAGGGAGACGGCACGGGAGAGUUUUCUACCGGAGAAUUGAUUAUGGGACCUCCAGGACCACCCGGUCCACCAGGAGUACCAGGCUUACAGGGUCCUCCAGGUAUCAAGGGCGAUCGAGGUGCAGAUGGACUAAAGGGUGAACCAGGUGAAAAAGGCUCAAAGGGAGAUCCAGGACCUAUGGGACUUCCUGGUCCGAUGGGACUUAGAGGUGAAAGCGGAAGACCAGGUGACUAUGGCAAAAAUGGCCCCAUGGGGCCGCCAGGACUGGAUGGAAUGAAAGGAGCACAAGGAGAGCCAGGAAGUAAAGGAGAGAGAGGAGAUCCAGGACUUCCUGGUACUGAUGGAAUUCCUGGACAAGAGGGUCCGAAAGGCGACAAAGGCUACAAGGGUGAUGCGGGUCCGCUUGGAAAACGUGGAAGAAAAGGCGACAAAGGAGAUAAGGGAGACCAAGGAGUUCCAGGACUUGAUGCUCCCUGUCCUUUAGGAACAGACGGAUUACCAUUGCCAGGUUGUGGAUGGAGACCUCCAAAGGAAGCUCCACGGCCAGCUCCACCACCGCCGAUACACACAGAAUUCGACGUUGAAGAUCCGACCGAAGAAGGAGAAGAUUACGAGGAAGUCGAAGGGGAGGAAUACGACGAUUACGCAGAAAUCAACCAAGCUCUGCCGACUGACACUUAAUUUCACCUACUAACCUCUAUUUUUGAUUCAUUUGAUCCUUGGAUCAGACAUUAGCGCCCCUUCAGAACUGUCUAGUACUUAUAGUGCAAAGUGACCAUGUACAUAGUGUUCCCACAGACAGUUGUUUUUAUAAUGAAGCUUUGAUCAAUGUUUCGGCAGUAAAUUUUUUUGUACUACAUUAUCAACUUUUGGGUGUUUUAAAAAGUUUAAAAUAAAGCAUGUUAAUUACUUGGACCUGUUAAAGCUUAUUAAGAAGUUAAAAUGAACAAAAUGGAGUACUAUAUUACUAGAACAGAAUGAUAAUUUAUCAUUUUUUUUAACUUUUAGUAACUUUGGCGUGGUCCUUCUGAGUUAGAACUAUUGUCCAUAUAUUUAUGAAAGUUUUGUAAAUAUAUAAGUUACGUUGUAGGUCCAAUAGUCAAUAUUUUGUAAUGGUUUCUUAUAUUUGUAUCUUUUGGAAUAUUAUUUACUAAAAUUUUCUUCUAAUCCACAUAAUAUUGUAAGCCAGAAUUCCUGUUGUACAUUUUUUUUUCAUUAAAG